AUGGCCUACGCAAUGGAGUAUGCCCACACCGGUGAUGUCGAGACCUUUUCCGACAAUGGCGAACCCGACGUUUCGGAAAACUUCGAACAUGAAUUGGGUGCAGAGGACCAUGAGGCUGAGUUGGACGAAGGGUUUAACCCGGAUGAUUUGGGUAACGAAGACGACGGAGACUUCGAAGGAGAUGUAGCCGACGACGAGUUUAAUCCGGAGGAGCUGAGUGAAUUGGGCGAUGAAGAGGUCAACGAAGAGGCGUCGGGUGAGGAAGGUGAAGUAGCAGAAGUGGAGGAAGCUGCAGAUGACGUGGAUGAGAGUGAACUCGUUUGCACCUGCCCAGACGGGGAGGAAGAUGACGUCGAGGCACAGGAGGAAGCAGAAGUUGCACCGGCAGAUGUUGAAGAUGAGGAGGUUGCUGAGGAUGAGAACCCGGAGUUGAAAGACGGAAUGGAUGAUGCAGGUGUUGACACUGUUAGCGCUGAUGAGGUGGAUGUUGGUGCGAUGGAUCUGGUCGAGGGCAUGGAAGAAAGCCGUGAGACCAGCAGCGUGGUGAGCGAAGGCCACGUUGAAAUACCCGGCAGCCUUACUGGUGAUGGCAAGUCGGGCAAGCGUGUCCCUGGCAAGAAGCUGCACUGGGAGGCCAAGGCAUCCGUUCCGGCGUACGUCAUGAAGACCGCUAGCAAGUUCAAGGUCGACGACAUUAGUAAGGUGAGCAUCACCGUGAAGGGUCAAGGUUUGAAGAACGCCGCCACCAAGAUCGAAGCGAUGUCGAGUGCGGCCCGCGAAUCCAAACAGAAGCUGAAGGAGGCGGUGAACACCAACAAGCUAACCUCACAGAUGCAACGUUCCGAGGUCGUCGCUGCCGAGAAGGCCCGUGUGAACGCAGCCAAACAGGCGCGUGAAGCACAGGCUGAGCGCGUCCGCCUCGAGGCCGCCGAACGCAGGAAGAUGGAAGCCAUCGAGAAGCAACGCCAGCAACUGGAGUUCGAGAAAAAGAAAGAAGCACUGUCAAAAGCACGCCGCGAAGCGUUGGAAAAGAGCCGCGCCUGA